GCGGAGCCAGAGAGUCGAAAGCACGCUCGUGGUGCGAAGCUCUCUCGGUUUCUCUUCAUCUACGCGGGUAGGUGUACGCGGUAGGUGUACGCACUAGGUGUUAGGAGCUAUGCUCCCUCGCGAUCAUUUCACACGUUUCUCAUCUCCAUGCUGACAUAUCCCAGAACAACCCCUUGAAAACCUAUCUUCCUUCCGUUCGUCCUUCUCUCCUUUCGAGUGCUCUACGUCGGCUACGAGAGUGCUUCGUAAAUCGAGACACCUUCUAGUUAUUCGUGUUUCAACGACAAACACUUUUAUUUUUUUUCUUUUCAGAAGAAAGGUCUUAUACCUAGCGCGUUUCGUUGUUUCUUCGGAAUAUCGAGGAAUAUAUUAUAGUUUUUUUGUUUUUUGUUUUGUUGGUGACACCACGUUUUGCUCGUAACGUUGAAAGAAUCGUUGUGAAAGUUCGUGAAUGACGGUUAAUAAGGCGAACGUAUCGCGGGAUAUCUGAGAGGAAUAAGAGGAAUUUUUGGAAAGUGGAAUGACGUAAUAGGAAGAGGAGGCAAAAUGCGAGCAAAACAUUGACGAGGAUCCUCGAUGUCGAAGGCGCUCGACUCGUGCCGGUCAGGGAUGCCGCCAUUGAUGCAGCCAUUGAUGCAGCCAUUGAUGCAGCCAUUGAUGAUGCAUCGAUGCUGACUUAUUCGACGUGUACGGUGCUCCAACGGAUUAUUCGACACGGAUGACAGUCGUCGGACGUUCGCGUAGUAACCGUGAUACUGUCAAUCCUUUUGUCUGAGACAAACAGGAGAAUUAGACCUACGAAAAAUAGAAUAUAUAUAGAGAGAGAGAGAGAGAAAGAGAGAGAAAGAAAGAAAGAAAAGUGGCGGCGGGUGGACUACUGCGAAGGGUGACAAUUUAGCAGUGAUGCCGUGAUGGGCUGCAGCUCGAGAUCAUUCGUUUUGACCACGCUCCUCGUGGGUGGAUUACUUCUGGUCCUGUUCUUGACCGAGAUAUCUGGUGCAACGCGUCUUAGACAACGCGCGGGCACCACGGAUUCUCCAAGAACCGGAUCUGGAAACGGUGCGAUCGUUUACGCGUUUCGCGGGGGAAGGCAGGAGGGUGGUAGACGAGCACGAAGAACUACGACGUCGACGACAACGACGACGAGUACAACGAAGAGUACGACGACUUCAUCGUCGACUUUGAUAUCCUUUGGCGAGAACGUCGUCCAACCCGCUGCACUUUUGGCUCCGGAAGAAGAGGCAUGGUCCGUUAGUUCCUCGACGACGAACAAUCCUUCGUUUUCUUUUUCUUCGAGCGGCGUGUCGACGUUGGACGAGAGUCCCAUAUCGACGAGACCACCCUUAGAACUCGUCGUAAAACCACAUACCAAGGUUAUCUUGCCUUGCGAGCUCGAAGGGAAUUAUUCUAGGCUCCUUUUGUCGGGAUCAAGAAGUUACAGAAUACAUGGGAAUCCAGCUGCGUGGCUUCACGAAGGAAAUCCGGUGGACAUGCUUACGAUAGACACGAGAACGGAAAUGAGCGGAACUGGACACAGAUACAUCAGUGAUUCUACUACAGACGCUUUACACAUAGAUAACGUCAGAUUGGAGGAUGAUGGAACGUGGGGAUGCACGUUCGAGUACGAUCGAGGAAAGUUCCUUUCUGGGAGACCGGUCAAGCUUGUCGUUCUCGAAGCACCUCGGGGGACGUACCUGCUAAUAGAUGGGCGCAGACUCGAUCCAGGAAACCAGUUCGUGCCUGUUAAGGAAGGCUCCGAACUGACGCUGGAAUGCGCCGCCGAGGGUGGAAACCCGCCACCGGUUUUGGCAUGGGGCAUGAUGCUAUCCCAAGCCACUUUGGAUGGUCCCGAACAACCACCGGAUAACCUCACGGUCUUACCUUCGACGUCCGCCAGACACAGCGGAGCUCACCUGAAAGUCUAUAGGGGUCACCACAACGCCACCAUCGUUUGCGUGGCUCGUCACAUCACUCUCACUUUGCCGAUGAACGCUAGCAUAUUGCUAGACGUUCAGUAUACUCCAUCGUUCGCGAUAACGCGUUUACCUGGAUUUGGAAUUCCCAUCGUCGAGGGAAUGUCUGUCAGCCUAAAAUGCGAGGUGGACAGCAAUCCUGUGAGCACCCCGAUAUGGCAGCGAGACAAUGGACUACUUCCCGUCGAGCAGAGCGAUGACGGAUGGUUGAACUUCACAAAAAUCACUCGUGCCGAGAGCGGCUGGUACAAAUGUUAUACUCGGCACAUGCUCGGGAUUUUCACCAGCAUCGGUUAUUUCCUCAACGUUCGCUAUGAUUCAGAUAUCGAGACCGAGGCAGAAGCCCUGAACGGAGAAGCUACCGAUUCGAGGAGGAAGGAGGUGCAGAUCGGCGGAGCGGUGACUCUCGAAUGCGACGGCGGAUGCUGGGGUCACGGACCUGGAAUGGAUCCAGUCGGUGGACCAGGACGUCUUUUCUUGAACCGAGUCGUCUACCAGGAAGCAGGAGAGUACAGAUGCGUUGCGCCCGAUCGAAAAAUGCAGGACACGUGGCGAGCUCAGUUACCCUAUCACAUUAAGGUCACCGGACAUCCCACGGUUUAUCCACCAAAUCAAACUGUGACGGCCAACGAGGGUGAACCCUUGGACGUCAUUGUCCAGUUUUGUGCAGAACCCAGUUACACCCGAGUCUAUUGGAUUUCCGAGCAGCAAGUGUACGUACCUGGUGCUCCCUCUCGGGACGGAAUACAAGCACUUGCCAUCGAGAACGAUAGUAUCGAGACGUGCUAUAGGGCGAUUCUACGCUUCGAAACGAUUCAGUGGUCCCAUGCCGGAGAAUGGUUGCUGUUGGUACGUUCGCCGGAAGGGAUCGCGGACGCUUCCGUUUUGCUCAACGUGACGCGUGCUUCCGGAUACAGCCACGCCCAUUUCCGUUCGAUGGCUCCAGCGACUUUCCUUCUCUGUCUGACCUUGGCCAUUAUACAACAGCAGCAGCAGCAGCAGCAACAUCUACGCUGAACCAUACCGUCUUACGGAUCUUUGGAAAAAGUUUCGAGGGGGAUGAAACUGGUGGUGGUUGUGGAUGAGUGAAAGAGAGAGAGAGAGAGAGAGAGAGAAAGAGGUUCUUCGAUGCCGCCGAGGGGUGCCAAGCAAGGGGAUCAGAAUUUUACUGCCGAACAAAAGGAAGAGAAAAUGUUCGAACUUUCCAAGUAAACUUUGUAAAUAAAUAUACAAGUUCGCGCGAAGAAUCGAAUCGAUCCAAGAUCGAAUAUCGAACCCCGAUCGCAAAGUCUUAAGAAAACUACGACGAUAAUAACGCAUUUUAUCCUACCCUAAUCGACGAAACCCUCGCGAUAAAUAUUACGGACCACCACCAUCGUUUUUCCGAUAAGUAGGCGAAAGGUACCCUGAGGGAAGCACGGUUUUUCUUUCUUCCAAAGGUAUCAAUUAGCGUUUAACAAAACAAUAUAUAUAUAUAUAUAUAUAUAUACACAC